UUCCCAGAGUCUAAUCCUGAGACACAGGGGCCCAUCUACUUUGUUUAUACAAAAUUACAAAUACAGAAAUUCUAAAACGGUGCAUUACAUAAUGCUACAAUGAGCUCAGUUUCACUCGUCACAACGAACCACGAGCACAACGAAAGCCACAUCUUCCUCACAUCAUAUAAAUCUAGUGAUGGUAAGUCACCGCGGGUUACCACGUUUAACCGCGAUUAUGUCUUACAUCGCUUCCCACCCAGUCAUCUGGAUGGGAAAUUCGCAUGUCCAACUCGAAGGGCAUACCAUACUACUUCAACGCUUCCAGCAAGCAAUCAAGUUGGGAUGCUCCCUCAGAGCUAUCGGAUGAUCAGAUCAAGUCUCUUCCCGGUUCACAGUACCUGAGCGGUGGUAGCAGUGGAGGGUCUGGGACAAUCACGGCGAGUCAUCUGUUGGUGAAGCACAAAGACAGUCGGCGACCGUCAAGUUGGAAGGAGGCGAAUAUUACACGCACAAAGGAAGAGGCCACUGAAAUUCUCCGGGGAUAUCAGACUCAAGUUGGCAACUCGCGCGAGAAGUUCGAAGAACUGGCGAGUAUGCACUCUGAUUGUUCAUCGCAUUCCCAGAAGGGAAAUCUCGGACCCUUCUCGAAGGGUCAGAUGCAGAAGCCGUUUGAGGACGCCGCGUUUGCCCUGCAGGUCGGAGAGUUCAGCGACAUCAUCAGCACAGACAGCGGUGUGCACAUCAUUUUGAGAACGGCAUAGCACAAAUUGAAUGAGUAGUGGGGAAGUUUAUGCAGACAAAGGUGUUGAAUCAAAUAUAUAUGUCAUGACAAUGGCCCAGGCGCCAGCAC